UUCGUUCAGCGUAUUCGAUGCAUGCGCGUUUUGGCCGUUUUGUGUCAGUCGCGCUUCGUCCGUGCCGUAAGUCGGUCAGCUGUUCUGUCGUCGAGCAGUCGGGUGUACGCAGGUGUACGAUCGUGCAACGUCAUGUCGGUCCGGAGUGAAAAUUACACCGUUGACAUAGGAGAUAUGCGAAUAAAAUACAAAGAUAAAAAUGAAACCUUUACGGAAGAUAAUUUGAUUAGCAAGGAACCUAUCGAGCAGUUCAAAGUAUGGUUUGAAGAGGCCUGCAAUACUCCGCAAAUUUUGGAACCUAAUGCGAUGAUUCUCGCGACAGCAACGAGAGAUGGAGUACCAUCCGUGCGCGUGGUGUUGCUGAAAGGCUUCGGCACUGAAGGCUUCAAGUUCUACACGAAUUACGACAGCAGAAAAGGUCGCGAAUUAGCUGAAAAUCCGCAGGCCGCGCUGACUUUCUAUUGGGAAUCUCUUAGACGAAGCGUACGUAUCGAAGGUCUCGUGAAAAAAACCUCGGCGGAAGAUUCGGACCGUUAUUUCCAAAGCCGCCCGUAUGAAAAUAAGAUCGGAUCUAUGGCCAGCAAGCAGAGCAGCGUGAUCGCCAGCAGACAGACUCUGAUUGUAAAAGAAAGAGAACUGCUUGCACAGUUCCCAGAAAAUCAGAUUAAAAGACCCGCUUGCUGGGGCGGUUAUCUCGUCGUGCCAUAUUCCGUAGAAUUCUGGCAAGGUCAGAGCGAUCGACUUCACGACAGAAUCCGUUUCAGACGUCCGAAAAUGAACGAGAAAGUGGACAAUAUUCUUGUGCACAAAGGAGAGGAUGGAUGGGUGUACGAGAGACUCUCGCCAUAAAAAAAACAUCGCAACAAAAAUCGUUUCUUAACAAAAGACGAAUGAAAAAGUUUACUUUCGUAUACGUAAGCAGAAAACAAAUCUUGCUGUGGAAGAAUCGCUACUGCUGACAUAUUUUACUGUAAUUACAUUCCGAGCCGAUACCUCAGUAUUAAGACAAUAAUGUUAUACACCAGACGUUUGUUUUUGAUGCAGUUUCCUCGUGAGUUUCAGAAUUUCUCUGCUCACUCCUGAAAUAUAUAUAUAGUUAAUAUUGUUGAACCAGUAAAAAAGAAAAAUAUAUUUACGAUUAAUCGUUAA